GGGAAGCCCGCCAGGAGGCGUCGUUGCAGGCAGCGUGGCAUGUCUUCCACACGGUAGCGUCGAAGGCUCCCGUGUACGACGUCCGCACUAUGGAGCUUGAAGUCCGCUUGCCAUUCGCGGAGGAGUUGGACGCCAUCAUAAGCGACUCUGCACUAACAUUUUUGGGAGAGCAGGCCGACGACGGGUGGACAGCAGACACGUCCAUGAAGCUGCAGUGGCCUGCGGAACUCGGCGGCAUGAGCUUCGGGUCAGACAUCCUGAGCGCCAUUUCAUUGGACGGUGCCGAGCGGAUGCUGGCCUGGCUGAAGGAGGCGCAUGGCAUCGAACUUCGCGUUUCGGGCGCUAUUGCCCCAGAGUCCGAUCCUCAAUGGGGCCUCAGAGCGCAGUUCGAACCGAUCAGGGGGCUGCGCAGCACGAUGUCCAAGAUGGUGCAGGGGGCGCAGCAGGUCGAGAUGCUGGCCACGCGCGCGGUGGCAGAGCAGGCCAAUCAGCGGGAG